CCUGGAGCAACCGGAGGAAGGCGAGCACCGGGGCCAAGAUGGCGGCUGCAGAGGGCCCUGUGACUGAUGCUGAGCUGUGGCAGACCUGGCUUCCUAACCACGCUGUGUUCCCGCGGCUCCGCGAAGGACUGAAAAACCAGAGCCCAGUCGAGCCGGAGAAAGCCGUCUCCUCAUCAUUGCCCUCGUCGCCCCGACUGCCGCCGCAGUUGCUGACGCGGAACCUGGUCUUCGGCCUGGGCGGAGAGCUGUUCCUGUGGGACGGUGAUGGCAGCUCCUUCCUAGUCGUCCGCCUGCGGGGUCUGGGCGGCGGGGAGGAGCCCUCCCUCUCCCACUACCAGAGAUUACUUUGCAUAAAUCCACCUCUGUUUGAAAUCUAUCAAGUCUUAUUAAGUCCAACACAACAUCACGUAGCACUUAUAGGAGUAAAAGGACUUAUGGUAUUAGAAUUACCUAAGAGAUGGGGGAAGAAUUCUGAAUUUGAAGGUGGAAAAUCAACAGUUAAUUGUAGUACCACUCCAGUUGCUGAGAGAUUUUUCACCAGUUCCCCAUCUCUGACUCUAAAGCAUGUUGCCUGGUAUCCGAGUGAAACGUUGGACCCUCACAUAGUGCUGUUAACGUCAGACAGUGUGAUAAGAAUUUACUCUCUGCGUGAGCCACAGACACCAAUUAAGGUCAUUGUACUUUCAGAAGCAGAAGAAGAAAGUCUAAUACUAAAUAAAGGAAGGACAUAUACUGCGUCUCUAGGAGAGACAGCAGUUGCGUUUGAUUUUGGGCCAUUGACAGCAGUCUCGAAGAAUACAUUUGGACAAAAAAGCAAAGAUGAAAUAGUGGCAUACCCCCUAUACAUCUUAUAUGAGAAUGGGGAGACUUUCCUUACAUAUAUUAGUCUGUUACACAGCCCUGGGACUGUUGCAAAGUUGUUAGGUCCACUACCCAUGCAUCCUGCAGCUGAAGAUAACUAUGGUUAUGAUGCUUGUGCUAUACUCUGCUUACCAUGCGUCCCCAACAUCUUGGUGAUCGCUACGGAAUCAGGAAUGCUGUAUCACUGUGUUGUGCUGGAAGGGGAAGAAGAUGAUGAUCAGACCUCAGAAAAGUCCUGGGAUUCCAGGAUUGAUCUCAUUCCUUCUCUGUAUGUAUUUGAGUGUGUUGAGUUGGAACUUGCCCUGAAAUUGACAUCAGGAGAGGAUGAUCCCUUUGAUUCUGAUUUUUCCUGUCCAAUCAGACUACACAGAGAUCCCAAGUGUCCCUCAAGAUACCACUGUACUCAUGAAGCAGGUGUACAUAGUGUUGGGCUAACCUGGAUUCAUAAACUCCAGAAAUUUCUUAGAUCAGAUGAAGAAGAUAAGGAUAGUUUACAAGAACUCGCUUCAGAACAGAAAUGUUUUGUGGAACACAUCCUUUGCACGAAACCACUGCCAUGUAGGCAACCAGCUCCAAUUCGAGGAUUCUGGAUUGUCCCUGACAUUCUGGGGCCCACGAUGAUCUGCAUCACCAGUACCUAUGAAUGCCUCAUAAGGCCUUUAUUAAGCACAGUUCAUCCAGUGUCUCCUCCCCUGCUUUGUACCCGAGAAGAUGUUGAAGUAGCAGAGUCUCCCCUUCGCAUUCUGGCAGAAGCACCAGAUUCCUUUGAAAAGCAUAUCAGAAGCAUUCUGCAGCGCAGCGUUGCAAACCCAGCGUUUUUGAAAUCAUCUGAAAAAGAUACAGCCCCUCCCCCUGACGAGUGUUUGCAGCUUAUCAGUCGAGCCACUCAGGUGUUUCGAGAACAGUACAUUCUUAAACAGGACUUGGCAAAGGAGGAGAUUCAGCGGAGGGUCAAAUUGUUAUGUGAACAAAAAAAGAAACAAUUAGAAGACCUCAGUUGCUGUCGAGAGGAGAGGAAAAGCUUGCGGGAAAUGGCUGAACGCUUAGCUGAUAAAUAUGAGGAAGCCAAGGAAAAACAAGAAGAUAUCAUGAACAGGAUGAAAAAAGUACUUCACAGUUUUCACUCUCAGCUCCCAGUUCUCUCUGAUAGUGAGAGAGAUAUGAAGAAAGAGUUACAGCUGAUACCUGACCAGCUUCGACAUUUGGGCAAUGCCAUCAAACAGGUUACUAUGAAAAAAGACUACCAGCAACGAAAGAUGGAAAAGGUACUAAGUCCUCAAAAACCAACCAUUACUCUCAGUGCCUACCAGAGAAAAUGCAUCCAGUCUGUCCUGAAGGAGGAGGGUGAACACAUAAGAGAAAUGGUGAAGCAAAUCAAUGACAUCCGAAAUCAUGUAAACUUCUGACACCACCAGGAACAAGUUUACAAAGGAAGUUAACAUUAAGUGAAGACUUAAAGCUCACAUUGAAAGAGUAGCAUUUCCUAAUUUAUAAAGAGGCAUUUUGGAUCAAGUUUGGUGUGGUUGUUCAUUUUUUUAUACUUGUUUUAUAACUGUUGAAUAAAUUCUUUUAUGUAAAAUU